AUGGAGACCGCGCGCGGCCCACCGAGGGUCAAGAACAAAGCUGCGGCGCCGGUGCAGAUUUCGGCCGAGCAGCUGCUUCGAGAAGCCGUCGACCGCCAGGAGACGGCUAUCCAGAAACCGACGCAGCGCUUCGCCGACCUCGAGGAGCUGAAGGAAUACCAGGGCCGGAAGCGCCGCGAGUUCGAGGACUACAUCCGCCGCAAUCGCGUCCGACUCGCCAACUGGUUUCAGUAUGCCCAGUGGGAGCUCGAGCAGAAGGAGUUUGCGCGCGCCCGUUCAGUCUUUGAGCGUGCCCUCGAUGUGCAUCCGAAUAACACGCAGCUCUGGAUCAGGUAUGUCGAGGCCGAGAUCAAGAACCGAAACAUUAACCAUGCGCGCAAUCUUCUGGAUCGCGCAGUCACUCGGCUGCCGCGGGUCCCCAAGCUGUGGUACAAGUACCUCUGGGUCAUGGAGAUGCUCGGCGAUAUCCCCGGCACACGCCAAGUAUUCGACAGGUGGAUGAAAUGGGAGCCGGAUGAGGAUGCCUGGAACGCCUAUAUCAAACUGGAGAAGCGCUAUGGGGAGUUUGAACGGGCCAGGCAGAUCUUCCAGCUCUUCACCGCGGUGCAUCCCGAGCCGAGGACAUGGUUGAAGUGGGCCAAGUUCGAAGAGGAAUAUGGGACGGGCGAUAUGGUCCGUGACGUAUUACAGACCGCGAUCCAGACCAUUGCCGAGACGCUGGGCGACGACGAGGUGGACGAGAGGCUGUUCAUCGCAUUUGCCAGGUUCGAAGCACGCCAAAAGGAGUAUGAGAGGGCGCGCGCCAUCUACAAGUUUGGUCUCGACAACCUCCCGCGUUCCAAGUCAAUGGCCCUUCAUGCGCAGUACACCACAUUUGAAAAGCAAUUCGGAGACCGGGAAGGUGUCGAAGAUGUCGUCCUUACCAAGAGGAGGCGGCUCUACGAGGAGCAGGUAAAAGAGAACGCAAAGAACUACGACGUGUGGUUUGAUUUUGCCCGGUUGGAAGAAACCGGGGGCGAUGCGGAUCGCGUGCGGGAGGUAUAUGAGAGGGCCAUUGCCCAGGUACCCCCGACGCAGGAGAAGCGACACUGGCGGAGGUACAUUUUCCUCUUCCUAUUUUACGCGAUAUGGGAGGAGCGGGAAGCCAAGGAUAUCGAACGUGCUCGGCAAAUCUACGACACAUGUCUCGGACUGAUACCUCACAAGAAGUUCACCUUCGCCAAGAUAUGGAUCGCCAAGGCGCACUUCGAGAUUCGCCAGGGGCAACUAACUCCGGCACGAAAGGCGCUUGGGCGGGCGAUCGGCAUGUGCCCCAAAGACAAGCUCUUCAAAGAGUACAUAUCGCUAGAACAGAAACUGUACGAAUUCGAAAGGUGUCGGACGCUGUACGAGAAGCACGCUCUCUACAACCCGUCCAACUGCCAGACAUGGAUCAAGUGGGCCGAGCUGGAGCGCGGCCUAGACGAUCUUGACCGCACCCGCGCCAUCUUCGAGCUCGCCAUCAGCCAGCCAGUCUUGGACAUGCCAGAGGUAGUAUGGAAGGCAUACAUCGACUUCGAAGAGGAAGAGGGCGAGUACGAGAGGACGCGCGAGCUGUACGAGCGCCUGCUUGAGAAGGCCGACCACCCCAAGGUCUGGAUCAGCUUCGCCCAGUUCGAGAUCAACAUCCCUGAGGCGGACGAGGGCGAAGAGGAAGAAGAAGAAGCCGAGGAGCGGCCGAUCAGCGAGGAGGCCAAGGCGCGCGCCCGCAAGAUCUUCGAGCGCGCGCACCAGAACAUGAAGGACCGCGAGCUCAAGACGGAGCGCGCGUCGCUGCUGGCGGCUUGGCAGGAGUUCGAGAACAUGCACGGCUCGCCCGAGGACAUCGAGAAGAUCCAGAAGCAGAUGCCGCGCAAGACCAAGAAGAAGAGAAAGCUGGACGACGACACGUGGGAGGAGUAUGUCGACUACAUCUUCCCGGCCGACGACCAGCAGACCAGCAAUUUGUCGAGCCUGCUGGCCAUGGCCAGUGCUUGGAAGCAGACUGGCGGAAAGGUCGUUGGCGACGACUGA